UAACGGUUUAUCAUCUUAUUUUAAGAGGUUAGGGUUAUUUUAUUCGGGUUUUUAUUUCUUUUUGGUGCUAAAACUAAAUUCAUUUAAAAAAAAAUUAAUUUUUUCCUAUUAAUCAUCAAUUCGAAAAGAAGUGUUUCUAAAAAAUAAAAAUUAAUACUUCACUUCAUUAACACACAUCAGAAUCCGUAAAGUUGGAGUUUACGUCACAAGUAUUUUAUAUAAGAAUUAAUUUAAGAAUAUUUUUUUUUUUUUUUACUAAAAAGAUGUUAAAAAAGGUAUUUAAUGUUAAUAUUUAAAAAAUAUUAAAAACAAGAAUGUAAAUUAGACUGUUCAAUAAUUUAAAAAAAAAUAUUUUGGUUUGUAGGUAGGUGCAUACCUUAUUUGAUUCAUACCUACAAAAGUUAAAGUGUGAAAAUGUCAUUUUUGAAUUAAUUUGAAAAGUUAAUAAAGGUCAGUUACUAUAUAAAAGUGAAAAAAUUUUUAUAAAUUUUCUUGCACACGCAUAUACAUUUACAUAUAAAUAUAAUUUCAAUUUACAUACAUAUGUACAUAUACAAAGUAUUUAUCAAACAUAACAGCGAAAAGAGCAAACAAACUUAACAAACGCCAAAAUCAAUACGGAAAACUUCAAAAAUUUCGAUAAAACUAAAAUAACAUAACCUAUAUAAUAUUGUAUCUAUUGUACAUAUAAAUGUAUUAUAUACAUUAUAUGCCUUAUGUAGGUAAAGGGCAUAUUUUAUUUUACAAACUUAUUCAAAUGAAAUAGAAAAUAAAGUUAAGACUAUUAUGAAACAAAUUAGAAAAACAAAAUUCUUAAUUAUUUUUUCCAAAGUUAUAUAAAAUGUAUUAAUUUUGAGUGUAAAUUAAUGUGGUUAUAUUAAAAAUAACAAACCUAAUAUAAUAUUUCAUCCUAAAUGAAGAAAUUAACUCAAUAGCAAUCGAACUUUUAUAAAUAGAAUAAUAAUUUUCAUUACCAAUCGUCUGAAGAACUAAAGGAGGAGAACGAUUAUAAGACGUUAACAUUUCAUAUUAUUAUUUUGCUUAUGGAUUUUAUUACACUUCACAUAUAAUAAAUAAUAAUCAUAAAUAAAAUAUAAAGAUACAAAAUGGAAUCAGGAUAUUCAAAAACAUAUGAAAAUCUACCACGAAAUCCAAGAGAGAAGGCCAAUAUAUUUUCAUUUUUAUGUUUUGGCUACACAUUGCCAAUUUUUUGGAAAGGACGAAAAAAAGAUUUAGAUGAAAAGGAUUUAUAUAAAGCUUUAGAUGAACACAAAUCAGAAAUCCUUGGUGAUAAACUGUCCAAAGCUUGGGAAAAACAAUUAGAUGAACAAAUUAAAUCUGGCAAGAAACCUAGUCUACUAAAAGCAUGUCUAAAUGUUUUUGGUUUAAAAUUGAUGGCAUUAGGGAUUGUUUUAUUUUGUUUAGAGUUUGGUUUGAAAUUAACACAGCCAUAUCUACUAGGCCGCUUAAUAGAAUUUUAUUCAAAAGGAACUACCGGUGACAUGACAGAUGCUUAUAUUUUUGCGGCAGCUGUGAUAAUAACAUGUGCCCUAAGUGUUUUAAUAAUGCAUCCUUUCAUGUUUGGAACUUUACAUUUGGGCAUGAAAAUUCGUUUAGCUAUGUGCAGUGUUAUAUAUAGAAAAGCAUUACGUUUAAGUAAAACUGCACUUGGUGAUACGACAGCCGGACAAGUAGUAAAUUUAUUAUCAAAUGAUGUCGGUCGUUUAGAUUUAUCAAUAAUAUUUGUACAUUUCCUAUGGAUUGGACCACUAGAAGUUAUUUUGAUCACAUAUUUAAUGUGGAUAGAGAUUGAUUAUGGUGCUUUCACGGGAGUUGCUUUUAUGUUAGCUUUUAUACCAUUACAGGCAUAUAUGGGUAAAAAAACGUCAACACUCCGCUUAAAAACGGCUUUACGUACCGAUGAGCGAGUUCGUCUUAUGAAUGAAAUUAUACAAGGAAUUCAAGUAAUUAAGAUGUAUACAUGGGAGAAACCAUUUGCUAAAAUGGUUGAAUAUUGUAGAAGAAAAGAAAUCAAUUGUAUAACGAAAACAUCAUAUAUUCGCGGUGUUUUAUUAUCUUUUAUAAUGUUUUUAACUAGAGUAUCAAUUUUCAUGAGCUUAGCUACAUAUGCCUUACUUUACCGAUGUAUAGACGCACAAACUGCCUUUGUAAUAACAGCAUAUUAUAAUAUAUUAAGACCAACGAUGACUGUUUUUUUUCCACAAGGUAUUGGGCAAAUGGCUGAGACACUUGUUUCAAUUAAACGUAUACAAAAAUUUCUUCAAUAUGAUGAGACAGAAAUUAUACGACAAGAGAAUUUUAAAUCUGAUAAAUCUUUUAGUAAUAAUUCAACAGUAAAUCAAACACAAACAUCUAGUAAUCAUUCAACAGUAACUAAUAAUUCUGAUGAAAAUGCUGUACAAAGCCAAUCAACAGAUAUAGUUGAUAUCGAUAAUGUUGCGAUAAAAAAUGGUCCAACUAAAAAUGCUAUUUUAUCAGAAGCUGGAGUUGAUAUUAGUCACGUUAAAGCCAAAUGGGAUACGUUGUCCAAUGAACUAACGUUAGAUGAUGUUAGUCUUAGGGUCCAACCUGGAACACUUGUUGCUAUUAUAGGACCAGUUGGAGCUGGAAAAUCAAGUUUAAUACAAACAAUUCUUGGAGAAUUACCAAUUGACGAUGGUAAAAUUAAUAUCAAUGGAACAAUAUCGUAUGCUUCACAAGAACCAUGGUUGUUUACUGGAACAGUACGGCAAAAUAUAUUAUUUGGUUUACCGAUGGAUCGUAAACGUUAUAAAACUGUAGUAAAAAAAUGUGCCUUAGAACGAGACUUUGAGUUGUUCCCGUAUGGUGAUAAAACAAUUGUCGGUGAACGUGGAGCAUCUUUAUCUGGUGGACAAAAAGCUCGGAUAUCACUAGCAAGAGCAGUUUAUAGGAGAUGCUCAAUUUAUUUACUUGACGAUCCUUUAAGUGCAGUCGAUACCCAUGUUGGUAGACAUUUAUUUGACGAAUGCAUGCGAGAUUUUUUACGUGAAAAUAUAGUAAUAUUAGUAACACAUCAAUUGCAAUUUAUUCAACAUGCUGAUCAGAUAGUUAUCCUUGAUCACGGAAAAGUAAAAGCAGUCGGCUCAUAUGAUACUUUAAGGGAAUCCGGUUUAGAUUUUGCUGAACUUUUAGAAGCGCCCGAAGAAGAAGAGGUUAAAAGACGGAUGUCAGUUUCAAAACUACGCCUGAGACAAAAUAGUGAAACAUCAAUCAAUUCGCUGGAAGAACCAGAUCCAGAACAUAAUCAAAUGCAGGUAGCUGAAAUGCAUCAAAAAGGAGGUAUUGGUUUAAAACUCUAUGGAAAAUAUUUUAAAGCUGGAGGUGGAAUAUUUUAUGUUUCGUUUAUGUUGUCUAUAUGUGUGUUAGCUCAAAUAUUCGCAUCAGGCGGUGAUUGGUUUUUAUCUUAUUGGGUUAAAGAAGCAGCUGGUCCUGCACAAUUUUCACAACCUGGAUAUUUUGGAAGUGCAAACGAUUCCCAUGAUGCUGUUAAUAACAUGUACAACGCUACUCUUGAAAACAAUAUAAAAAGUGCUCUAAAUACAAGUCAUUUCGAUAACUCAACUGGUUAUAUCAACAAAUUAGAAUCAGAAGGAGUACUUCCAAAACUUCUAAAAGCACUUGGAAGUACAGAGGAAGAUACAAAUACAAUUGCAGUGUAUAUAUUUUCCGGAAUAACAAUUGGUACUAUUUUAAUAACAUUGUUUCGAAGUUUUCUAUUCUUUAACGUGGCAAUGAAAGCUUCCACUAAUUUACACAAUCAAAUGUUCAGAGGGAUAACGAGAGCCACAAUGUAUUUCUUUAAUACAAAUCCAUCAGGACGCAUUUUAAACCGAUUUUCCAAAGAUAUGGGCCAAGUAGACGAAAUUUUACCUUCAGUUAUGAUAGACGUUAUACAAAUUUUUUUACAAUUAUUUGGCAUUGUUAUAGUUGUUGCUAUUAUUAAUCCGUAUUUUUUGAUCCCAACAGUUUUAAUGGGCUUAAUUUUUUACCUAUUACGUAAUUUUUAUUUAAAAACAUCAAGAAACGUGAAACGUGUUGAAGCUAUAACAAGAUCUCCGAUUUAUUCACAUUUAGCAGCAACACUUUCGGGGUUAUCUACGAUACGUUGCUUUAACGCACAGGAAGUAUUAAAAAAAGAGUUUGAUAAUUAUCAAGACAUGCAUAGUUCUGCAUUUUUCAUGUUUAUUGCCACAAGUAGAGCAUUCGGAUUUUGGUUAGAUUGCUUUUGUGUAAUAUAUAUCGCUAUUGUAACUCUAAGCUUCUUUUUAUUCGGUGGAAAUGGGGGAAAUGUUGGCCUGGCUAUUACUCAGGCAAUGGGUCUGACUGGAAUGGUACAGUGGGGAAUGAGGCAAUCAGCGGAACUUGAAAAUACAAUGACAUCUGUCGAACGAGUGGUUGAAUAUGAGUCAAUUGAUCCUGAACCACCUCUUGAAUCCGACCCGGACAAAAAACCGCCACCAGAUUGGCCUCAGGAAGCGCAUAUUAAAUUUGAUAACUUAUCAUUGAGAUAUUUUCCAGACGAAAAAUCUGAAUAUGUUUUAAAAUCUUUAGAAUUCGAAAUAUUACCAAAAGAAAAAGUUGGUAUAGUGGGAAGAACAGGAGCUGGUAAAUCUUCGUUAAUAAAUGCAUUAUUUAGACUAUCAUACAACGACGGAAAAAUUGAAAUCGACGGGAGAGAUACAAAUCAAUUAGGUUUACACGAUUUAAGGAGUAAAAUUUCAAUUAUACCACAAGAACCAGUAUUAUUUUCAGGAACAAUGCGUUAUAAUUUAGAUCCAUUCAAUGAAUACUCUGAUGAAAAGCUAUGGGCAGCAUUGGAGGAAGUAAAAUUGAAACAAGCAGUUAGUGAAUUACUACAUGGUUUACAAAGUAAAAUAUCGGAGGGUGGUGCAAAUUUUAGUGUUGGACAACGUCAAUUAGUUUGUUUAGCUCGUGCUAUAUUAAGAGAAAAUAAGAUACUUGUUAUGGAUGAAGCAACUGCAAAUGUUGAUCCACAAACAGAUUUCUUAAUUCAAGCUACAAUAAGAACUAAAUUUGCCGAUUGUACCGUAUUAACUAUUGCACAUAGAUUGCAUACGGUGAUGGAUUCAGACAAAGUAUUGGUUAUGGAUGCUGGUCACGUAGUGGAAUUUGGACAUCCUUAUAAAUUACUAACAGAUUCUAAACCAAAAGUAUUUUAUGGUAUGGUGCAACAAACUGGAAAAUCUACUUUCGACACCCUGUUCAAAACUGCAGAAAAGGCAUAUAAGUCUAAAACCGAGUAAAUUUUUGGAGUAUACAUUCCAAUAAAUAAACCCUAAAACGAAUUUAGGCUAAUAAUGUUCAAUUUAACAGUUUCAUGAAACAAAAUACUUAAUGCCUGAAUGUCUUAAAAACUGGAAUCCUAAUUCCAGUUAUACUUAAUUUGAAAUAAAGACUUGAAAUUAUUAUGUAUGUGCAUUAAUAUAAAUAUAGUUGUAAGUUUAUUUUUGUUUCUAUCAACAAUAAAUUCAUUUUUGAUAUUUGUUUAUUAUGUACACAAUUAAUUUAAAUUAAAGAACUGCAAAUUCUUAUUUUGUACGAUUAAAAAAAAAUUUUUUUUAUAUUAAAAAAUUUAUAUUAGAUCA